GAAAUGUAGAUAAUGAUUGCUUUCAUCGAGUAAUACGGUUCAAUGGGUUUAUCGUGUCAAAUAUUAAAGUUUGGUUUGUAUUUGAAUAUACAAAUGGAUGUUUGGUACUUAAUUAACACAUGACAUGAUUUACAAAAAAGAAAAUGAAAUCCCGCAUCUCUCUCUCUCUCUAAUAAUCCAAUUUUGCAGUCACCGUAGUUUCCAAUCCAAAACCCAGUUUACAUCUCUCUCUGAACAAUCACAAGAAUCCAUAAAUUCAAUUGCAUUCCCAUUCUACUCCUACCCUUCUCUCAAAAUUCCAAUUUGGCGGCGACCAUGUAUAUGCUGGUGAACUGCUCCAACUGCCGCACUCCGCUCCAGCUGCCCCCCGGCGCCGAGUCCAUCCGCUGCGCCCUCUGCCAGGCUGUCACCCUAAUCGCCGACCCACGCACCCUCCCACCACCUGCCUCCUCCCACGCGCCUACACCUCCAUCUUCAUACUCACACGCGCCUUCCCAUCACUCACCAUACUCUCAAGCGCCUCCCCCUCCUUCCCCUUACUCCCACGCGCCGCCAGGCCCUCCCCCCAACGCGCACGGCCGGAAGAAGGCUGUGAUCUGUGGGAUCUCGUACAAAUACUCGAGACACGAGCUAAAGGGUUGCAUCAAUGAUGCCAAGUGCAUGCGGUUUCUCCUCAUCAACAAGUUCCACUUUCCAGAAGAUUCCAUUGUCAUGCUCACUGAAGAAGAAACUCACCCAUCCAAGAUUCCAAACAAAUACAACAUUAGAAUGGCAUUACAUUGGCUUGUACAAGGCUGUCAACCUGGUGACUCCCUCCUGUUUCAUUACUCUGGUCAUGGUUCACGACAGAGGAAUUAUAAUGGUGAUGAAGUAGAUGGAUAUGAUGAAACCCUUUGUCCCCUUGACUUCGAAACUCAGGGUAUGAUUGUUGAUGAUGAGAUAAAUGCAGUGAUUGUAAGGCCCAUUCCUCAUGGGGUUAAGCUUCAUGCAAUAAUAGAUGCUUGUCAUAGCGGCACUGUACUAGAUUUGCCAUUCCUUUGUCGAAUGGACAGGAAUGGACGAUAUGUAUGGGAGGAUCAUCGCCCUCGAUCAGGUGUAUGGAAAGGCACAAGUGGAGGAGAAGUCAUUUCGUUCAGUGGUUGUGAUGAUGAUCAGACUUCUGCUGAUACAUCUGCUCUAUCAAAGAUCACGUCAACAGGUGCCAUGACUUUCUGCUUCAUCCAAGCAAUUGAACGUGGACAAGCGGGCACAUAUGGAAGCAUACUCAAUUCUAUGCGUUCUACUCUUCGAAGUACAGGUAGUGGUAGUGGCCUUGGUGGUGGUGUUACAUCUCUCCUUGGUGGUGGUGGUGGUGGUGUUACAUCUCUCCUUGGGAUGCUUCUGACAGGAGGCAGUGACACUGGCGGGUUGAGACAGGAGCCGCAAUUAACUGCCUGCGAGCCAUUCGAUGUGUAUACAAAGCCUUUCUCCCUAUAAUUUUUUCUGUCUAUAUGAUUAACAGAUAUUACUUUUCAGAGAACGUAUUUUAGGCUAUACAUUCUUGAUGAUACAACUCCUUUGAUGAGUAAUAAAUAGAUUCUUCCUAUACUAUUUUAGGCUAUAGAUUUUUUGAA